UCUCUAUAUACCAAAGUAGCGGUGUACUGUUGUCGCCACCUACGAGCGAAGCGAGUGGGUGGAACACCGAGUAUGUACUCUUUUUUACGCGUCAAAGUGUCAUAGCGUAACAAAUAAAUCCGACAAAAUAAAGCUUAAAAACGAUUGAAGGAUUGGAGGAUCGUACUUUCACAUAAAUCUACUCCGUUAAUAUAAUUCUUGACUUCAAAGAUCAACAGACUGCCUUGAAUUUCUCAGAGACACUUGUCUCCGUGAAAGCACGUGGGGUUGUUAAUUACGAGUAGAUGGAGUACAUUGGUGGGAUCCAGCGCUGUUCCAAUGUGUUGGCAGUGCCAAGUUCUCCAAACCGCGGGUGAACAUUUAGCACCAUAACGACUCCACAAAAGCUCAUAUUGCUCAGCCACAAUACCCUUUUUCCAUUACCCCUUACUAGAACCUCAUUCUGGCAUUGAAUCGGUGUUUACGUGAACAUGAAGAGCUUCUCCUAAGGUAUUAGUAUUACUCGCAUCGGCAGGCGCAACCGCAAUACCCGCGACCCAAGAGACGAUGAACCCGGCUCCGUGGUGUUGGCGAUCUAUCAAUCGCCAGACACCUUGCCUCUUACGGACCGGACGCCUAGGAGUACAGCGCCGUCUACCACAACUUGUUCUUGCUCCUGUAUAUACUCAGAGGAGAUGGGAAACAUCGAGUGGCCUCGGCGAUAGCAAUUCGGCUACAGAAGGUAGGAUCCGCUUUCAUUCAUUCACUGCCGAGAUGGCCAAGCUUCCUGGGGUAAACAUAAGAGCCCGUGUAUUGCAUGUGUACUUAAAUCACGAGAAUUGGAUAUGAAAACCUUUGCUAUACUGAAUGCAGUGGCUCAAUUGAUGGUUUCGAGGCCUCAAUUAUCUAGAAUGCUAACUUAAUUAAGGAACCAAGCAACUUCAUGACGCUCGUAGAGGCCCAUCCAAACAUGGACGGCGCCCACGACAUGAGGACGAUGAAGGCCCCCAAUCGCUACUCUCUAAAAUGAUAGAAGCUGCCGCAACUGCGUUUGCAAGUAUAGUCGUUCUUGGAGCCGGCUUUGCAUUUGGAGGCUUCUGCUAUCACAAGUUCUACAAAUGGCACGUGCUGCGCAAGAUGCGCAAGGCCUUCGAGCCGGGAGACCCAGCCCUGGUCCUGGCCGCUAUGGGGAAGCAGAUCCCCGAAGCGGAACCCCCAACCACGCAAGAGGAGCAGGAAAAGAGCGACAAUGAGAAUCAUUGGAUUCGUAGAGAUGAGCAGGAUAAGAUCGAUGCGAUAAUAAACGGAACCGAGAAAGGCCAUUAUCACCUCCUCAUCGGCGAGAAGGGCACUGGGAAGACAUCAAUGCUACUUGAUGCCAUGCAAAAGAUUGAUGGGGAGGGUAUUGCCAUGCUCGACGCACAUGGUGAUCUCGAAAUCUUCCGGAUACGGCUUGGUAAGGCGCUUAACUUUGAAUUCCACGAAGACUACAUCGGAUCCUACUUCUCGGAAAGGGGACCGCGAGAAAGUACAGCAUUGCUAGAUAUUGAGCGCGCCUUUAACAAGCUGGAUAAAGUUGCUCUGGACCGACGGAUGAAAGUUGGCCGGCCAAUCGUUCUUAUCAUCAACUCUAUGCACCUUCUCAAGCAUGACGCUGAUGGGAUGAACCUGCUUGAACUCCUACAACAGAGGGCAGAGCAAUGGGCAGCUAGUAAUCUUAUCACCGUUAUCUUCAACAGCGAUGACUACUGGGUGUACGAGCGUCUCAAGCAGCUAGCCACACGCAUGGAAGUGUCGACAGUCGGCGACCUCCCCAAGGACAAAGCCCUCAAUGCCAUCCGAAUGUACCGCUCCAAGUACUUCUACGAAGACCCGGACGAGUCCAUCCUCUCGCAAGUCUACGAAAAAAUCGGCGGGCGCCUAACCUUCCUCAACAAAGUCGCCAAAUCCGCCAACAUGCUCAAGACCUGCGACGAAAUCUCCGCCGUCGAAAAACAAUGGUUCCUCAACCAAUGCGGCCUCCUCGGCAUGGAAAUGGACGACGACGUCAUGGACCAACAAAAAUACGCCUCCGCAGCCAUGGUCCUAGCCCAGGCCCUCGUCGACCAAGAAUCCGACUCCGAGGGCCCUAUCUACGACCCCGAGCACGGCCACAACCUGCCCGCGCUCCCGCUCCACAAGGCGCGCCAGGUCAUGACGCGCGCGGAUUUCAUUAGGGAGUAUGACCAUAUCAACGUCUUCACCAUAACGUCGAGCGCGAUGGUGCGCGCGGACUCGGUGCCCAUGCAGCGCGCGUUUAGGGAAAUUUGCGCCGAGCCGGGGUUCAGGGACUACCUCGAUGCGACGCUCCAGCGGAUUAAUGAUAUUGAGAGUCUGGGUCGUACUAGGGAGCUGGUGGCGAAGGAUUUGGUGUUGGGGGGGAAGUAUGUUAUUAGCCAGGAGAAGGGGGGGUUUGGGAAGGUGAUUCAGUUGGUGAUGCCGCCGGAGGAGGAUGAUGAGGAAGAUAAGGAGGAGGGAAAUGGGGGGAAGAAUGAUAGUUGAUGAGCUUUGUAUGAAGACCCUGAAUGGGGUCUUUUGGGCCCUGGGUUGGGAUAGUGUGGCACGACUCUAUUUACUUAGAUUUCCUUUUGUAUUUUAUAGCUUUGAGGCUUUGAGGCUUCAGCUAGUGUAGCAUUUGUAUAUUUACUCUUCCUGUAUUGUCUGAAUUCAUUAUUCCUAAUCUUUAAAAAAUAGUCAAGCUAGGGAGGCAAAGCCUGCCGGAACAAGCAGAGCAAACCAGACCAGUUGCUCUGAACGCAAUAGCUCCAUAGCCAAGGAUCUUUAGUCCUAGCCCGACAUCCUUAAUCAUGCCCAUGAGAAAUGAGGAAAGCAAGGGCCCCCAUCCAAG